UCCAAAAAUUUCUUUUCUCUGUGUUAAACAUAAUUUGGCUGAGCUCCUUCCCUGUUUGAGAACAUACACACAGUUGCAGAUAUUAACUAUCCACAGACAGUAACCGUGUUACAAUAGGCACAGUAAGGAGAAAGCAGAAAUAGGAAAGGGAAAUGAAAAACCAUCUUUGCUACACAGUGUAAUGCAACGUUCUCUCUUCAUGACUAUCCAGGCUUUCGUCCAUAGCAAAGAGACCUGAGAACCUUGUUUCAUAAGCGUUAAGUCUCUAUCUAUCCAGUUAGAGUGUCUGAUCAUCCCACGUCACAGCUCAGUUUAAACCGGGACCGAGACAGGAAUAGAGCCCAAGGCUUGGCCAGCAGAGGCACAGAGACCAGGAAGAGGCUGGUAUUUGUCUAUUGGUAAUCCCUCCUUAAAUAGUCUCACAGACCAAGUUAGGGCCAUGCAGUACACCAGAGUGAGGAGACCAGAACGCUGUAACUACUUCUGUAGUUCCUACCCACUAGAUAAGAACUGGACCUCUUGCCUCAAUAACUCAAUAAUUCAAGAUUCAGAAUGAACUUUGCUGCACAGUUUUUCUACACAAACUAUGUGGGAGAGAACUUACCAGCACGGAGGGGAUUCAGUGACAGUGAGGAGUACGACCCAUUCUGGCACAGUGAUGAUCAGCAUUUGAGCAGCAACAUGAAGACAUGCUCAACUCAUGAUGGCCGGUGCCAAAAAGAUGGCAUCAUCAGCAAUGGAGUCCUUACCCGUCGACCUACCCUCAUCUGCCCAGAGCGUCUACGAGACUUUGGUGCUGAAGAGUACUUGAAUGGAGAUGUGAGACCCUUUAAGACCAAAGUGAUAGAAGUGCCCAAGAUGGCACCUCCUAAACUUUCCAUCAAAAGCAACAAGGACUACAAGCCUGCACCCAAGCCUCCUGCUGAGUACCUUGGCUUUGAGGACAUCAGUGCAGCAGCAUUAAAUAUCCAACAGUCAGGAAUUCAGAAGACCCCCUGCACAUACUCUAGACUAUCCAAACUAUAUGGUAUGGAGAUUUAUCUGAAGAAAGAGUACCUCCACUACACAGGUUCAGUAAAGGAGAGAGGAGUUCUGUAUCUGCUCUCCUCACUAAAACAGGACCAGCAGAAGAAAGGUAUCAUUGUGGCCACAGACUGUAACUUCUCCAUGGCGGUGGCUCACCAUGCAGUGGGGCUGAGAAUCCCAGUCUUUGUCAUAAUGCCUGCGAACAUUUCCCCACCACGGCUGCGCAUGUACCGGGACUAUGGGGCCAUGGUAAUAUCCUACGGCAGCACGGCACGAGACUCACAAAACCAUGCCCGCCAUCUGGCCAAGGAGAACGGCUACCUCUGCCUAGAGGAGGAUGACAGUGUAGUGUACCUGGCAGGUUUGGGUUCAGUAGGCGUAGAACUCCAUGAUCAAGUGCCCAAGCUGGACGCAGUCAUUGUGCCUGCUGGGGGACAGAGCGGAGUGCUGGUUGGGACUGCAGCUGCCAUCAAACACCUAAACCCUCGCAUCUCAGUCAUAGGUGUUGAGCCAGAGGAGUUUCCACUUCUGCUACAGUCCCUCAAAAUAGAUUCUAUUGCCACUGAUUUCUCCCACAAAACAAAUAAUAAGCUCUAUGGAGAUUUCAUGCAGCACUCUUUGGGAGCACACACUUUGCAAAUGGCCAAGAAAAUGGUGGAUAAAAUGAUCUCUGUUAGAGAGAAAGACAAUUUGGUGGCCAUGCUGAGGUUUCAGGAGUAUGAGCACACCACUGUAGAUACAGAGGGAGCCAUGGGGCUAGCAGCCAUCUUGGCUGGUCAGCUUCCAGAGCUAAAGGGUAAAAGAGUAGCAGUGGUAGUUGCCAGUGCUAACAUGGAGCUGGACUUGGUGAGGGAGUGUGUAGAAAGAGCGCUGGUGCUGGACGACCGCAUGAGCCGCUUCAGUGUUCAGCUGGGAGAUGGGCCAGGAGACAUGGCUAAACUGCUGAAUAUGCUGGCUCGGGAAGAUGUCAGGCUGUUGGAUAUUUGCCACAGGAGGUACAGUGACAGGAUAGAUCUCUUCAAAGUACAGGUGGAGUGUGUUGUGGAGCUGAGGGAUAAGAGUCAGAACUGCCAUCUACGCAGGACGCUGUCUGAUCUCUACCCCACUCUGCAAUGGUUGGAUCGGUGAAUGUAUCAUAAUGACUGCUGCUCUGAUCAUGCGUACGCAAACUCAUACAAAAAUAUACAUCAUCAAUACCUUUUACAGACUAAAACACGCAUCAUCAACAGUUCUUAUAGAUACACACUUAUAGAUUCACAGUGUUAAUGUGAACUAUAUAUUUCUAAUGGUUUAUUAUGUGUUAAAGUAGAUGAUUUAAUUACAACCCCAAUUCCAAAACAGUUGGGACGUUGCGUAAAAUGUAAAGAAAAACAGAAUGCAAUGAUCUGCAACUCUCAUAAACCCAUAUGUUGUUCACAAUAGAAGAUAGAAA